GUCUCGCGGGAUUUCAGUGCGUUGACUAAAUGCCACGUCGGUUUGAGCGUGAGCAGCAGCAUCUGCUGGUGUUUAUUUGACCGACUGCGCAAAAUAAGCCAAAUCGGAGUUGUUGCCGUUACCGGUUGAGUCGUGUGCGGUUAUCAGACUGCGAGGCGUCUCCAGCAGCAGCGGGAGGAAUGAGGACCUUCAUCAGAUCACUGUUACUGAUCACUGUUGGGAUGGCAGUGUGUCAGCAGACACUCGCUCACUCCCACCAUCAUCACGGACACUCGCACGGCGACGGUGGCGGCUGCCACGGACACUCGCACGGAGCGGCCAAGAUGCACCAUGGGGCCAGCAAAUGGAGCGCUGAAGCUAACCUGCCCCACGCUGAAGAGGAGCAUCACGAUCACGGACACGAUCACGGUCAUGCUCACGAUCACGCACACGCACACAAAGGUGAUCACGCAGCAGAGCGACUGAAAAGCGAUGUGAAAGCAGGGAAGCGGAACAUGGUGGAGCUCUGGAUGCAGGCCAUUGGAGCCACUCUGCUCAUCAGCGCUGCUCCCUUCCUCAUCCUCUUCCUCAUCCCGGUGCAGUCAAACACGGACCAGCACCAGAACCUGCUAAAAGUGCUCUUGAGUUUCGCGUCUGGAGGUUUGCUUGGGGAUGCGUUCCUUCAUCUCAUCCCUCACGCGCUGGAACCUCAUUCUCAUCAUGACCAGUCACACGGCAGCGACGAAUCACAUGGUCACUCACACGGUGCAGGUCAUGGUCACAUGAUGCUGGUCGGGCUGUGGGUGCUGGGUGGCAUUGUUGUGUUUCUGGUGGUUGAGAAAUUUGUUCGUCUUUUGAAGGGAGGACACUCUCACUCUCACUCUCAUGCGGCUCCAAAGGCAAAAGACAGCGAUGAAGAGGAUGAUGACAAGAAAAGAGAGAAGAAGGGAGGGAAAGAAAAAAACGUUGACUCUGAUAAGAAACCUGCAAAGAAAACAGUCGAGACGAGUUCUGAUAUUAAAGUGUCGGGUUAUCUGAACCUGGCUGCUGAUUUCACCCACAAUUUCACAGAUGGUCUUGCGAUCGGCGCAUCAUUCCUGGUUGGUCCAGCGGUUGGCACUGUUACCACCAUCACCAUCCUCUUACAUGAAGUCCCACAUGAGAUUGGAGACUUUGCCAUUCUCGUCCAGUCAGGCUGCACCAAGAGGAAGGCCAUGUGUCUUCAGCUUCUCACCGCCAUUGGUGCGUUAGCCGGAACUGCCUGCUCCUUAUUGGCUGAAGGGGUGGGUGCCGCGGCAACCACCUGGAUCCUGCCGUUCACCGCCGGAGGCUUCGUUUACAUCGCGACCGUCACAGUUCUUCCAGAGCUGCUGGUGGGACGCUCUAGUUUCUGGCAGUCAAUGCUGGAGAUCCUCGCUCUGCUGUUCGGGGUGGGAAUGAUGGUGCUGAUCGCUGAGUACGAGUGAGGGACGGACGGAGCCAUGUUUGAAAGAAGAACCUUUAAAAUAAGGUGAAGAGGCCAAUGCAUGGUCACCUGAACCUCUAGAGACUAAGAGUGUGUUGAGAUGAAUGUUAGCAUUGACCAUAGAAAAAUAAAACGGAAUGAAUGAGGGAGCGAGUGAAAGAAAAUGUGCUGAACAAGUGCUGAACUGCACUCAAUUACCCAAAGACCAACAUGAAUGGAUCACUUAAUUAUUUUAGGCACAGGAACCUUCCCAGGGACCAAAAGCUAGAAAAUCACGUCCGGUUCUCUAUACUGCUACGGACAGGAUCGGCACGUGGAAACUCAUUGAAAUUUGACCAUUAUGUUCCCAUGAUUCAUCAUUUGUGUUUCCUGGAGCAGUCAGAUAAACACUCGCUGAAGCACCGCUUCUCUCAUCAGUAGACUGCUUUUCUAGAAAUAUCAGUUAUGUUACAUGAUUAAAUCAUUUGAUUUUGCUGUUCCCACAAUAAAGGUUAAUGUGAUUUUUUUUAUUAAGCAGAGUGUGCUUUCUCUUUGACGGAGAUUCUUUGAUUCCUCUGCUGAAAUAUUGUGUAGCCAUUAGUCAGUGACCGAAUAACAUUGACUGUCCACUCUUUAACUCACACACACACACGCUCUCCACUGAUACUCAUUUCCCAUGAGUCUCCAGAGGAAUCUGCAGCUUGACAUUGUCAUUGGUGAUGGGUUCUUCAGAUGGUGCAAACACACUGUUUAUUGAAUUACAGUAGAUUUAGUGUUUAUUUCUUUUCUUUUUGCCUGUAACUCUAUUCAUGCAGAUGUUUUGAUCCUUUCUUGAAUUUGUUCAUUGAAAUGUUCAAUCUCUAUUACCUGUAAUGUAAACUCUUUACAUUCCCAUUGUGUGUAAAUCAAGCAUAUCACUUCACGAAUAGAAGUGGAUGCAAUGUUGUUCAAUUUCAGUUCAAUAAAAGAGUUGUGGUACAUCUCUAA